AUGGUUGCCACGUACUUUCCGGCUCUCUUCCCCAAGAUCGCCGCUCUGGGGCUGCUCUCGCUGUCCCCUGAUCAGGAACUGUGUGUGACCUACACACAGUUCACGGAUUCUACCAAUGAACUAGAGGCUGUACGGUAUACGCAAUGCAAAAGUACGGAACUCACGUCCGGCAAGCCGGCAGGGUAAGUUUUUCGAGUUUUUGAAGGUUUAUUUUUUAUUUUAGGAGUUUAGUUGGUGUUUACAAAGAGUUUGGUAUAUUUUUCAAUGUUUUUGUUAUGCCACGUUUUUAUUUUUGUUUUAUGACAUUUUAGAGUAUUCAAAAAGGACUCCCCUAAGUACAAAUUGCUGCAGCUAUACCCGGUGAACACGGCACUCGACUCGAUCGUCUAUAGUGGUUUGUGGAUUGCUGAUGAGUAAGUUACUUUUUCUCCGAUGAUAGUGUUCCAUCUUUUGUUAUGAAUAUUGAGCGUUAAACUAGAAAUACAUAUUUUGUUUUUAGUAAAGAUCAGUUAUCUGGGCUGUGGCUGUUAAAAGUGGCACCAGGUGAACCCAAGGAAUUGAAAAAAUAUACGGAUGUUAAGGAACGUCAAUUCGGUGUCGGUAAUGGUCAUGUCUUUUAUCAAGAUUGCCAAAAAACCGAGGUGAGAAAGCACUUUGACAUGGCCAAUGCAGGCGAAGCAGUCAAUAUGACCCAUGAAGGUUUGACCAUCUGUGGUAAACCAGAAUUCGGCCUGACUAAUGAUGGACUUGUGUGGACGAAGCCAGAGGGCUGUUGGAAAUUGGAUGGGAACGACCUGAAACCUUCGGGUUGUUCAGAUGUCGCUGAGCUGGUCUUCACUAUUGUAGGUUUUUACUUUGUAUUUUUAAGCUUUUUUAUAUUCUUCAACAGGUUUUGUGGGUUUUAGUUGCUUUUUCAUUUAAAAAUUUAAUUUUUACUUUAAACUUUGAAAUUUAGUAUAAAUUUUAUUGAAAUCUAAUUGAAAUUUUGAUUGUUAAUGUUCCAGGAAGCCUUGGUGAACAUGGAUCCCACGAUCUCCCAAGAUGUGGACCAGUCCGACUUGAAGACGCUCCUUGUCUUGGUUCACAGCCAGUAAGUUGAAGUUUGAUUUUUGAAAAAUUAUUUUUUGUCAUUUUUACUCAUUUUCUUAUUUUUACCUUAAUUUUUGAAAACUACACUUAUUUUUCAGGCUCGCUCCACAGACCACCACCACCAUCACCACCACCCCGACGGAUGACACUGAUAGUUUGGAUGAUACUGAAAGUGAAUUCAGUGGAAAUACGACCAGGCCUCCUUACACGGGCGAGUAAGUUGAUUUUUUAAUUUUUGUGUUUUUUGAAGAUUUUGUUAAAAAUUUUGAUUUUUGAAGUUUUUGAAAAUUAAAAAAUUGAAACGAUCAAAAUUUGCAUAGACUUUAGGCGUCAAACAUAGUUUUGUAUUUUAAUUUAUUUUUUAAAUUUUUUGAUUUCAGCCUGCUCGACAAGGUUGGCUGGGCCGUCAGUUGGAUAACGAUCAUCGUUAUCACUUUCUUAACGUUUGUUUUCGGUUUCUAUCUUACCGACUGUUGCAAACACUUGCCGAGGCGACUCCCACUGCCUGAUGAAUACCGCAAGAGACACUCGUCUACUUCCUCAAACAGCAGCACUUCCUCAUACACCGGCAAUUCCUCAGGCACCAGCACUCCCUCAGGCACCAACACUCCCUCAGGCACCAGCAAAGACCCCGUCUCCAAGAUCAGCAACCCCAGCAAUUCCAAGUCUGGCACGGGAAAGAGCAGAAAGUCGUCUGGAUCUUCCGGAACAUCGACCAAUUCCAAGAAGCGCGGCAAGUCCAAGAAGUCCACAGGAAAAGAGGAUGACACAGAAUUUCCGGGAGAAUAUGUCGCAAUUGAGGAGUUCCAAGUGGCAACCCCGUCUGGAAAACACACCAGAACCGAGACGCGUGAACACACAAUCCCCCGUGGCUAA